AUGAAAUCAAUAAAAAAAGCAGCGCAAAUCAAAGAGAAGCAAUAUAAAGAAAAGUCCCUGCCACCGCUACCAGAGGUGUUGAAAUACUACGUGGAUAAUGACAAAUUAUUGCAAGAAAAAUGCGAGACAGAAGAUUCAAAACAAGAAAACACAUUUCAAUUACCUUUCGCAAAUUCAACAAAAGUUAAUAUUAAGCUGGAAGACGGGGGACAAAUCCAGAAAGACAAUAAAUUACAAUCAGAAUUUAACCGAUCCAAGAUAAAUCAAUGGAUGACAAAUUAUGAACAUUUUGAUGACAGCAAACUAACAGCUCUUGAGUUAGAGGACGAAGAGACAUUAGAACAAGAAUGGUGCAAAAACUAUGGAACCCCAGACCCAAUAGUUAAUAUUAGUCAAGUGCCAUGUGGAGGCUGUGGAGCUUUACUACAUUGUAAUGAUCCAGCAAUCCCAGGGUACCUGCCAAGUGAGAUUUUUAAGGGUCGCACCAAGAAAGACUUGAAAGGUAUAGAAUGUCAGCGAUGUCAUUUUCUAAAGGAAUAUAAUAUUGCAUUGGAUGUGACUGUACAGCCCGAUGAAUAUGAGAAACUUUUGCAAAACAUAAGGCAUAUUAAAUCCUUAGUGCUACUGAUGGUGGACCUGAUGGAUUUCCCCUGUUCAAUAUGGCCGGGCAUUGUUGAUAUCAUUGGCACCACAAGGCCUCUCAUAAUUGUAGGGAAUAAGGUGGUUAUC